AUGAAGCAACCCGACGAAGAGCACAUCGUUUGUGGUGAUCCGGCACCACCGGACCAGGCACUGGGAACGCAUUCCCUUGGCGAGCUGUUCCUGACGGUGUUACAGCGUGCCGGUCCGGGUACAGUAGCUCUGGUAGAUGGCACUUCCGGUACCGAGCACACGUACGCCGAACUGCUCGACCGAUCGAUUCGAUUGGCGGGUUAUCUGCAGGAUCACGGCGUUCGUCGAGGUGAUGUGGUCGCGAUUGUGGCCGAGAAUCGCAGCGAGUAUCCGGUUACGAUCGUGGCUUUGCAGCUGAUUGGUGCCACCGCGGCGCUUCUUAACCCCAGCUAUACUGCACGUGAACUUGCCCACGCCCUGAAUGUCACCCGCCCGAAGCUGGUGUUUGUUUCGUCAGUUGCCAGACCGGCUUUAGUUCGAGCAAAUCGUUCCACCAAACAACCCAUGAGCGUCAUCUCGUACGACCCACUCGAUCCGGCCAUCGGCACUACCUUCAACACCUGCUUGACCCGCUCGAACACGAGACCCACACGACCUGCUCCAGUAGACGUAACCCACGAAGUGGCCAUCGUUGUGAUGUCCUCCGGAACGACUGGCCUUCCCAAAGGUGUACAGAUAACGCAUCGCAACGUUAUGGCAACGAUGGCGAACGUCCGAGGUGCGAUCGAACGUGGACUCCCAUUAGGCUGUAGUCUGGACGUUCUGCCCUGGUUCCAUGUAGCCGGAGGCAUCGCGAUGUUAAGCUGGCUUGGUGCCAACCUACAGGUAGUGUAUCUGCCCCGGUUCGAGCCGCACAUCUAUCUGCGCUGUAUAGAGCGGUAUCGGCCCACUUUCCUGAAUAUAGUGCCUCCGAUUGCGGUGUUCCUGGCCAAGCAUCCUGCCGUACCUUCGUACGAUCUGUCCUCAGUGCAAACGAUCGCAUGUGGAGCUGCUCCACUCAGCCGCGAGGUAGAGGAGUUGAUCUACGCCCGGUUGCCAGUGUCGGGACUUCGCAUCCGCCAGGGAUACGGCAUGAGUGAGACGACGCAGGCGAUCACGUUCUACGACGGUGAACAGGUGAAACCGGGCAGUAUCGGAAAAGUUCGCGCCGGUCAGCAAGCGAAGGUCAUUGAUCCUGAGACGGGGCGAGUCCUUGGACCAAACCAGCACGGGGAGUUGUGCUUCCGAGGAUCGCUCAUUAUGAAGGGUUACCUCGGAGGACCCGAAGACGCCAUCGAUGCUGACGGUUGGCUGCAUACCGGAGAUGUCGGGUAUUACGACGAAGAUCGAGACUUCUUCAUCGUGGAUCGGCUGAAGGAGCUGAUCAAGUACAACGGCUUUCAGGUGCCACCGGCUGAGCUAGAAGCCCUUUUGUUGGCUCAUCCUGCUGUGAAGGAUUGCGCGGUGGUUGGUCUGAAGGAUGAGCGUGUGGGUGAGUUGCCGGCCGCAUUUGUCGUCCUGGCGGAGGAUCAGACCAACGUCCGGCCUGGUUUCGAGCAACAGCUGAUCCAGCACGUUGCCGAACGGGUUUCGAACGAAAAGCGACUGCGUGGUGGUGUGCGAUUUGUGGCGGAAAUUCCCAAAACAGCCAGCGGUAAGAUCCUGCGACGAUCGUUGCGCGAGCUGGCAAACGAGGGCCCAAAGUCAAAAUUGUAA